AUGGCUUCCACCCUGGAAAUCGAUGCUCAGGAUGUAGUUAAGUUGUUUCUUCAAUUUUGCAAAGAGAAUUCCCUGCCUCAUACUUUUCAGACACUUCAAAACGAGUGUCGGGUUUCUCUAAAUUCCGUAGACAACCUUGAAACCUUUAUGGCCGAUGUUAGUUCUGGUAGAUGGGAAUCUGUGAUACCCCAUCUCUCACAACUGAAUCUGCCCAGAAAUUUAUUGGCAGAUUUACUGGAACGUCUUCUUGUUCGUCCAUACUUUGAUCCCCGUGAACUCUAUCCAGAGCAUUCGAGUAAGGAGAAAAGGCGCGGUGAAAUCGCCCGAGCUCUCUCAGAACACGUCUCCGUGAUUCCGCCUUCGCGGUUGACCGUGCUGAUAGGUCAGGCUUUGAAGUGGCACCAGCAUCAGGGAUUGCUUCCGCCCGGAACACAGUUUGAUUUACUUAGAGGAAUGGCAGCGAUGAGAACAAAAGACGUCGAAGAUAAGCAUCCCACGAUGCUCGUUCGCGUGAUUAAGUUCAGGAAGAGGAAUUAUCCUCAGUGUUGUCAGUUCACGCCUGAUGGGCAAAUUCUCGUUUCCGGCUCGUCUGACGGAUUGAUUGAGGUUUGGGAUGGAUUACCGGGUAAACUCUUGACACAGGAUCACUUCCGGUACCAGGCGAACGGAGAUUUCAUGAUUCAUAAUGAUGCUGUCCAUUGUCUCGCUUUCAGCAGAGAUUCUGAAAUGCUGGCUUCGGGUUCGGAAGAUGGAAAGGUUAAGAUUUGGAGGAUAAGAAGCGGACAGUGUUUGAGGCGUCUCGAGCGCGCGCAUUCUCAAGGUGUAACGAGCGUUUCGUUCUCCCGCGACGGAACUCAGAUACUGAGCGCAUCUCCCGACGGCACCGCCAGAAUUCACGGUUUGAAGUCCGGAAGAAUGCUGAAGGAAUUUCGGGGGCAGGCAUCUUUUGUGAACGACGCGAGAUUUGCCGGAGACGGGAAUCACGUUAUCACGGCAUCCAGUGAUUUUACUGUGAAAGUGUGGGAUGUUAGAAAUGCCGAGUGCCUGCGGACUUUCAAGCCGCCGCCUCUUUUCUUAAACGGAGGAGGCGACGUGGCCUUGAAUUCGGUCCAUCUUUUCCCGAAGAAUCCCGACGACCAUAUCGUGGUUUGUAACAGGAGCUCGUAUGUAUAUAUCAUGACAUUGCAAGGGCAAGUGGUAAAAAGCUUCUUCUCAGGUAAAAGAGAAGGUGGUGAUUUUGUGGCUGCUUGUGUAUCACCUAAAGGAGAGUACAUUUACUGCGUGGGCGAGGACAAUAAAAUGUACUGUUUCAAUUAUCAAUUAGGUAAAUAG